AAGUACUCAAUAACUUUUUUUUUUCAACAGAUUAUGGGGUAUCCACUCUCUGCAGGCAAACUGGACCAGAAGACAGCCACAUCUCUUCUGAGGAAGUCUAGUCCCUUUCUCAAUGUCCCUGAGGAGGUGAUUCCUGCAGUCAUUAAGGAAUACUUAGGAGGGGCAGAAGACAUUGUCAAAAACAGAGACCUGUUUGUAGACUUGAUCGGAGAUGUGUUAUUUGCCGUGCCAUCUGUCAUUGUGGCUCGUCAUUACAGAGAUGCUGGAGCCCCUGUCUACAUGUAUGAAUUUCAGUAUCACCCAAGCUUCUCUUCGGAUCUGAAACCUGAGACGGUGAUGGGAGACCAUGGGGAUGAACUCUUCUCAGUAUUCGGUGCCCCAUUUACAAAAGGGGGUGCCUCAAGUGAAGAGAUCAACAUUAGCAAGAUGAUGAUGAAAUUUUGGGGCAAUUUUGCUCGGAAUGGGAACCCCAAUGGGAAGACAUUGCCUGCAUGGCCAGAAUACAAUCAAAAUGAAGGAUACUUGAAGACUGGAGCAACCACUCAGGCAGCCCAUGGCCUGAAGGAUAAGGAAGUGGCAUUUUGGACCAAAGUCUGGACCAAGGAGGCAGUGGAGAAACCCCUACAGGAAAAGAAUUGAACUUUCAAAAGUGGGAAGCCAAGCUAGCUUUUUGGGGAGAGCAAUGCAGCAAAGGCAGAGUUAGAUCAUGUGGUUUUUGUAGAUGAAAAGGCUUCUUAUUGUGGGGACUUCAGAACUGUGUGUGAUAGGACUUGGGAAGGCAAGAAAGAUGGGAUGGCCCUAUCUCAUGGCCCCAAUUUACAGAAAACUCUAGCUCUUUUAGAGACCAAACCAGUGUCUGUGUCAUAUCUUUGGCUCCAAAUAAAAGUACCCUUUUCUGGCA